AGGUUCAGACCCUUCGUGCCCCACAUCCCCUUCGAUUUCUAUGUGUGUGAGAUGGCCUUCCCCCGCGUGAAGCCUGCGGCGGACGAGACGGCGUUCAGCGAGGCACUGCUCAAGAGGAACCAGGACCUCGCGCCCACUGCGGCUGAGCAGGCUUCCAUCCUGUCCCUGGUGACCAAGAUCAACAACGUCAUCGACAACUUGAUCGUGGCACCAGGAACGUUCGAAGUGCAAAUCGAGGAGGUUCGGCAGGUUGGGUCCUAUAAGAAGGGGACGAUGACGACGGGACACAACGUGGCAGACCUGGUGGUGAUCCUGAAGAUCCUGCCCACCCUGGAAGCCGUGGCAGCCCUGGGGAACAAGGUGGUGGAGAGUCUGCGGGCACAGGACCCCAGCGAAGUGCUGACCAUGCUGACCAACGAGACUGGCUUUGAGAUCAGCUCUGCCGACGCCACAGUGAAGAUCCUCAUCACCACAGUCCCUCCCAACCUACGCAAAUUGGACCCAGAGCUGCACCUGGACAUCAAGGUGCUGCAGAGCGCUCUGGCCGCCAUCCGGCACGCACGCUGGUUCGAGGAGAACGCCUCGCAGUCCACGGUGAAGGUCCUGAUCCGACUGCUGAAGGACCUGCGGAUUCGCUUCCCCGGCUUCGAGCCGCUCACCCCGUGGAUCCUGGACCUGCUGGGGCACUACGCCGUGAUGAACAAUCCCACCCGGCAGCGCAGCCGGUGCAACAUCGCCUACAGGCGCUGCCUCCAGAUCUUGGCCGCGGGGCUGUUCCUGCCCGGAUCCGUCGGCAUCACCGAUCCCUGCGAGAGCGGCAACUUCCGCGUGCACACCGUGAUGACCCUGGAGCAGCAGGACAUGGUGUGCUACACGGCGCAGACUCUCGUCCGCAUCCUCUCGCACGGAGGCUACAGGAAGAUCCUGGGCCAGGAGGGAGAUGCCAGCUACCUGGCGUCGGAGAUGUCCACGUGGGACGGGGUGAUCGUGACGCCGUCGGAAAAGGCUUACGAGAAACCUCCGGAGAAGAAGGAAGGGGAAGAGGAGGAGGAGAACCAGGAGGAGCCUGCGGCAGGGGAGGAGGAGGAGAGCAUGGAGACACAGGAAUGA